AUGUCAACUGAGGUUUCUCACGGCCGCGGCGGCGCGGGCAACUUCAAGCACGAUGAUACUGAGUACGUCGAUGGCGAGGUCGUCCGUACUGGUAUUGUAGGAAGCCAUGGCGACGGCGCAUACAGUUCUGGUCGAGGAGGCGCUGGAAACAUCGCUGAUAUAGGCACACCAACCACCGACCGCAAGGAUCAGGACAUCGUCCCUGAAAUUGCUAUUCGACCGAGCCAGGACGGCCGAGACUAUCACACCGGCCGUGGAGGCGCAGGCAACGCUAUGCCCGGGACUCCAGAGCCUAAGCCCGAGGAACAGGAAAACCUCGUGUCCAACAAGGCCCCCGUUGGCCUGGCCGACAAGCUCAAGUCCAAGCUCUUCGGUGGCCACAAGAAGUAG